AUCAACUGUUCUACACCAUCAUUUAUACGAUUGCUGGACUUGAAUUGGUCGUGAACUCUUCAAAUUAGGAGGAAAUCGGUGAAAAAUGUCUGAAGUACCGUCGUUGAUCACUUUAUGCAUAGGCGCAAUUAAAAAUGCAAUCCUUGAUGAAAAUGGGAAUUUGCCUUAUGUUUAUAAACUUCCAUCAGAACUGUUUGAUCGUCUCUUGCCACACUUACCUCCGCUGGCAUUGCAGAAUCUACAAGACGCAAUGCCAUCUGUUAGCUCUAAUGAUUACUGGUUUUCUGAUGAUUGCUUAAAACCUUCAAGAAAACGGAAAAGAUUCGAGAACUUUGAUAUAGCAUGGAAAGCCCUAUAUAAAUCAAGAUGGUCAGUCAUUCAGAAGCUCUCAGUGGAUUUUUUACCAGAAGAUGUUCAACAGGAUGAGCCAAUCACCAACUGGCAGCAGAUUUACUGGGAAAAACAUCUACAGAAUUGUCUUGAUGCAGCUGCGGAGAUGGUCUCAAUCACUUUGUUUGAUGGCUGUCUUGGUGACGUCGAAAUUCCAGAUGCCUUGUUAAAAUAUAUCAGUUAUGAGGGGAAUCUCAGCAGGUCAAGAAGCUAUUUAAAAUUAGCUUAUCAUUGUGAACGAUUUGGUCUAUACGCCAGAUGUCUGAGACUCCAAAGUGUUCAUUGUGUUGCAGAAAUUGGUCAUUUAUUAAGGAAAAGUCGAUUGGAGUUUUUGGAAGUGCACUGGAUCAAAUCGAAGGAGCAGGUUGAGGGACUCUGCAAAGUUCUGGAGCAAAACAAGGAAACUCUGGCAUCGAUUGAAUUCAUCCAUUGCAAGCUUCCUGCAUCUCUUGUGACUGCAAUCUGCGAGUCACUGCAUGUGAAGGACUUUGAAACGAACGUGAUUAAAAAUUUCUCAAUUAAGAGAUCAAGCUUUCUUGAUAGCUCAUAUUUUCCUUUACCUCUUGGGUUGGAGUCAUUAUUAUCAGCCGCAAGCGGUUUAACUUCAUUGGUGCUCUCUGACAAUCACAUGUGGUGGAAAACUGCAAAAAUGGUGUUUGAUACCUUACUUGAUACUGACUCUGGUUUACAAGUCUUGGAUCUCUCAGAAAACAAUAUUGCUGGUUGGCUUUCACAUUUUAAAUGGGGAUCUCCAAGUUUAAUCAAUUCAGAUCGACAAAUUGACAAAUACCUGAAAUCAUUACGCGUGCUCAAUCUGAGAAGCAACAAUUUGCAAAAAGAUGAUGCAGACUGCCUUAAAUACGCUAUGGUUUAUAUGCCAAACUUAGAGGUCUUAAAUUUAAGUGACAAUCCUCUACAGGAUGACGGGAUCAGGAUCUUUGUUCCAUAUUUGGUUAAGAAAUCUAAAUGUGACAUUCCCCUUGCUGAGUUGUACUUGGAUAACUGUGAGCUUUCUUGUCACGGAGCAAGUCAGCUAUUAAAGGUUCUUUCCGCAUUAAACGUUCCUCUGAAAUCUCUGUCGAUUGGAGAUAAUCACCUUACAAGCAAAUUUGGGCCGUCUCUGGGAAAAUUCUUACUAUCCGGUAUUCAAGCCCUUAACGUUAAGGGGGUUGGAUUGGGUUCAUCUGGCUUUUCAGAUGCACAAGAAGAAAUUACCGAAGAGCUGAGUCUUGUCCGCAUCAAUAUAAGUGAUAACUGUGGUGGAAUCAGAACUGCAAACUUUUUGUCGAAGAUGAUUUCACAGGCUCCGAACCUUGUUUCAGUCAAUGCAAGUAAUAACUGGAUGCCAAUGGAAUCACUACCAACCAUAUGCUCCGUCCUGAAAGCCGCAAAGGGGAAACUUGAGCAUUUGGAUUUGAGGCAGAAUACUUUGUGCAACAAAGGCAACAUUGCUUCUCUGCUGGCUGAAUUUCAAAUCAAUGGAAAACCGAAUAUCUUACUUUCAUCGCCAGCUGCUUCUAUUGUGCUUUAUGACAACGAUCCAUAGCCGACAACCAAAAGAAGGCAGCAGGCACAUCAAAAUAACAGUGUACUGUAUAUAAGGUGAGUAAUGAAUCAUUUACCAUAUCGUUGUAUGUUGUAGCGUCCUAGCUUGUAUGUCGUAUUAUCAAUAUCGAUUGUAUUAACUAUAAAGCUAUUUAUAGAUCUUUGAUAGAAAA